AUGAUGAAGCCAUACACAUCGAGCUUGGAAUUUGUCCAUUUCACCGAUCCAGCCAUCGAAAACACUUAUAGUGGAAAUAUCGAGGGCUUUACAGGUAAUGGAAUGCAUGGAAGCAAGCUCAAACCACAAAGUCACAGCAUUCAAGAAGAAAAUGCGGCUGAAUUUUGGCAUCAAGAAUAUGAUGGUGAGCUUGCUGAAGAGGAAAAGUAUGACUGGUGGAUGUUUUUUGGAAAAAGUAUAGAUGAAAUCAAUGUUCUGGAUGACAAAAUAAAAGCUAGGGUAAAGAGAAAGGCAGAAACUUCUGAUUCAUACAAUCCUAUUCAGCUGCCAUAUCUGACUGAUUUCAAUAAAUGUUUGAAAUUAAGAACAGUUCCUUCUGAAUCUUUCGUGCUUCGUGAGCUAUUUAGAAUAAGUCUCAAGUUCAGACCCUGUCUCAAACCUAAAAGAUUUCAAUACAAUGAUUUCUAUGACGAGUCAAUGGAAGUUUUUAGAACUUUCGGACCUUCAGAAAGAGCAUUGAACCACAUAUUGGCCUCUUAUGGUCACGAUAUGGAGUUAUUGAAAAGAGUAGGUAAACAUUCGAUAGUUCAUGGGUGUAAAAAUUACAUCAAGAGGGAAAUGAUUAAGGCUUCGACCGAAAUUAAAUGUAUGGCUGAAAGAAGACAGCAAUUGAUAAGAUUGAAUAUGAUCGAAUCUCAACAGCCAAACAAUAUAUUCAAAGUUCAUGGAAACACGGCCAAAGAACUGCCAAACAUGAAUAAUGUCAAGGGCAUGAACUAUAGGAAACUAGCCAUUAGUAAUUGUAUGUUGGAAUUCAUCGAAAGAGAAUCCCAACAAUCCCAAUUCAAUGACAUUUAUGAUCUUAUAGAAGAUCUUGAUGAGGAUGGAUUGAUGAGUGAUCCUGAUUUCGAAAAUUUCGAUAACAAAGAUAUGGGGUUGACUGUAUUUUUGAACAGUGACUUCGACGACCUUGGAGUUAGUUCAGAUGUUCAUGUUCACAUCCAAGAAGAGAACGAUCCAUUGAACGAUUGGAUCAACGAAAUUGAUGAAGAAAACCUCUGCUGGUAG